AUGACGUACAACGCUGGACCCGACACACGAAAGCGCCAGCUGUUUUGGCGGAACGUGGUCAAGCAGUUCAACUUCACGGACCCAUCCGAGCGGAAGCUUUUGCUGUCGCUCACGGACGGCAUUGACUGGACGCACAUGCGCGUGUUGCCGCGAGACUUUGUCCGACGUCAUCGAGAGAUUUAUUACCUCAUUUCAGCGCCCGAGUACGAACGCUCGGGCGCCAUUGGACGCGACGUCACGCGCACGUUCAGCAUCUUUGAGCGGAGCGACCUCCCGGACCAAGUCGAAGCCCAGCAGAGCGCUCUUUUCCGAGUCCUGAACGCCAUUGCCGAAGCUGAAGAUGGCUAUUGUCAGGGCAUGAACUUUAUUGCGGCGCUCUUCUUGGUUGAAGGGCUCUCGGAAGCUGACGCGUAUGCGCUUUUCCUCUACAUACUCAAGAAGCGCCAUCUAGCGGGGAUUUACCACAACAGCUCCAUGUUCUUGGACGAAUACUUCCAGCACUUUGAAACGAUGUUCAUUCGGGACUUGCCGAGGCUCCACGCACAUCUCGUGGACCAAGGCUUUGUCGUUGCCAUGUACGGCAUCGAGUGGUUCACAACGCUCUUUUCGCUGUCGACAAAGACGGACCUCGCGUGCGCCAUAUUGGACCUUUUCUUUGUCGGCGUGCACGACAUUUUCUUACGCGCAGGACUCGCCAUUCUGAAGCUGCUUGAGCCCAAGCUCAUGUGCAUGACGUUCGAAGACUUUUUGCGCGAGUUCAAGCCUCUGGUACGAGAACUAGACCCGUAUCAUGUUAUUCUACAGGCCCUCGCGCAUCGACCGAACGACCGAAUGCAUCGUGAGGACACGACUACGUAUGUAUCUCGCGAGAGUUUUAUCCGAACAAUGGGUACUGCAGCUCGUUCUUGCAGCGAUGAUAGUGCUACAAGCAGUGACAGCCGCGUUACUUCUGAUGGUGAAAAGCAGUCAGUCUCCUUUACAGGAGACUUUGGACUGCAUCGGACGCUACCACCCGAGAUGGUCGAAGCUGUCCGCUCAGGAAAUGGAACGCUUGUGCGUCAAAUAUGGGAAGCUCACGUAGUCCACCGUCAACACAGCGCCGUUGCUAGUACCGUGCUGGCUAACGAGAUUCUUCACUUUGCGAUCUGGUAUGGGCGCGUGUCGGUUGCCUGCCUUGCCAUCGAAUAUUGCAGCGCGGACGUGGACAAUCGAGACGAUGCUGGUCUGACGCCUCUACACUUUAGCGUCAUUCGUAAUCAGCCCGACAUAGUACGCCUACUACUUGUCCACGGCGCACAAACGCAGGAGACCAGCACGCGGAGGCCGUCGCCGCUGGAGUUGGCACAUCGCUGGGCACGAUGUGAUACAACGGCGGCACGUCUUGUACUGGAGAAAGAAGAAGUGUGUCUGUACUGCAACACGAAGUUUGACGUGCUGACUCUUGAGACAGCAGUGUGCGGCCACUGCACGUUUCGAUUCUGUUGCAAACCGCGGCAUGGUCUCUGUAUAUUCAAGCACCAGUGCCCGAACGCAAACGCUGGCAGUCGAUUGCGAGGAUGCAGUAUGGACCGCCGGCUAUCUGAACCCGCAAUGAUGAGACACGACAUGUGUGAUGAAGACGUGGAAGGCAUGAGCGAAAAGGAGCCUGGCCUCCAUCUGCUCGGCCUGCGAUCCAGAGGGUCAAGCACGUCGACUACGGCUUCAUCUUGUGCUACAAUGUUCAGUGAGGUCGGUGUAACACCAAGUCGCAGUAUGACGGAGCUGACUUCUUUCGAGUUUCUGAGCUCGGCAGCAUUGUUAAGCUCACCAGCAGCAACGUCGUGGUCGAGGUCUCCGCGCUUUGACGAUACUGCUUGGAAAGCAGUCGACCCUGCACAAUUGGCUCACGAGUUUGGAACACCUGAUGCUCGAAGACCCAGCGGGCUAUCGGUGUGGCAAACCACACGCCCUCUGCUACGAUUUCCCGAUCGCCCAGAAUGGUAUUGCAACGCGCGCGAAUGCCACUCCGUGUUUGCCCUGUUCUCGCAAGCCGCCAACUGCUCGCGGUGCGAAGGGUACUUCUGCUCGGACCAUGUUGAUGGCAAAACAAAGCGCUGCGUUGAAUGUCGGCGAGACGGAAUGCACUCCAUCCGCUUUCACGCUACGAAUACUGCCCAUGAGUAG